CUAUAUUUCAUCUCUUUCCUUUAAAAACAUGUCGAAAUCAAUGGGUUCCUCCCAAUUUUCUAAACCAGUAGCUCGUCUUCUUGUUCUUGUUCUUGUUCAGUUUCUCUUCUUAAGUAAUGUGUGUCUUGGAGCAAGAAAGCUAACGUCACUGUACCAACCUCCAACCAUGGCUCUAACCUACCACGGUGGCGCUUUGCUCCAAGGAGACCUCCCAGUCUCUAUACUCUGGUACGGGAACUUCUCGCCCGCCCAGAAAUCCAUCAUUGCCGACUUUCUUCUCUCCCUUAAUCACAAAGAUCAAAAGACAGCUAAGCCCUCAGUCACUCAAUGGUGGAACUCAGUCCAAACUUACAUGAAAAAAGCCGGCCAAAAACCAACCAAUGUUUCUCUUUCUACCCAACUCUCAGACCACAACUGCUCUCUGGGCAAAACCCUAAAAAAAUCUCAGAUCACCGAGUUGGCUCGCCGUGCCAACUUCGGCCGGGGAUGGUUGACACUUGUACUGACAGCACCAGAUGUAGCGGUGGAAGGGUUUUGCAUGCGCAACUGCGGGUUUCACGACUCGAACCGGAAGUCCAACUCGGUGUUCAUCUGGGUCGGAAACUCGGCGACUCAGUGCCCGGGUAAGUGCGCGUGGCCAUUCCAUCAGCCCAUAUACGGGCCACAAACCCCGCCGUUGGUUGCCCCCAAUGCUGACGUGGGGGUCGAUGGCAUGGUGGUAAAUAUCGCCACUCUUUUGGCGGGAACAGUGACAAACCCGUUUGCAAACGGGUUUUACCUCGGUUCAACAGAGGCGCCACUAGAGGCGGCUUCCGCUUGUACCGGGGUUUACGGCAAGGGGGCGUACCCAGGUUAUGCGGGAGAGCUGCUGGUGGAUGCAAACAGUGGCGCGAGCUACAAUGCGGUGGGCGUCAAUGGGUGGAAGUACCUCUUGCCUGCUUUGUUUGAUCCUUAUACUUCUCAGUGUGAGACCAUUGUGUGA